AUGGGUCUUGCCAUGGCAUCAAAUCUCCAAAAGCAUCUGAAUUCCCAGGGCCAUUCGCCAUUGCGCAUCUGGAAUCGUACGACCAGUAAAGGCGAAAAUAUCACAACCCUCGGCGGGAUCCAAUGCGAGACCAUAGCGGGAUUGAUCAGCCAGUGUGAUAUUAUCUUCAUCUCGCUAAAUAAUGACGAUACGUUGCGAAUCGUCCUUGAGGAUAUCAUACACACCGCAAAUCUGACAAACAAAAUAUUCGUGGAUACCACAACUGUUCAUCCAGAUACUAGCAAAGGUAUUUCUGCCAAAUUGAAAAUGAAAAAAGCGUCUCUAGUCUCAGCCCCUGUUUUUGGCUCCGCUCCAAUGGCUUCAGAAUGUAAGGUUCUAAUAGUUGCUGCCGGCGAGCCUGACUCGAUCCGGAACAUAUCCCCUUACAUCAAGGGCGUGAUAGCGCGUGAUAUGCUUGAAGUUGAUGAACGCCCGGAAAAAGCGUCUCUGCUGAAAAUAAUUGGGAACUUUCUCGUUUCUGGUAUGACUGAAAUUGUCGGUGAAGCACAUGUCUUCGCCGAAAAAAGUGAGAUGGACCACGGAAUAGUUGAAAAGCUGUUGGAAGCCCAGUUUGGACCUCUCCCGGCCAUGAUUUCUAGGCGAUUGACCCAAGGGGUUUAUAUUCCACCCAAAGGAGUAUCCCCGUGGUCAAAUUUAGAUCUAGCUCUGAAGGAUACUGGGCAUGCCAUUGACUGCGCAGGAGCGGUGGGAACCAGGCUGCGAGUUGGGGAGGUCAUACAAGAUCAUCAGCAGCGUGCCAAGGCCUAUUCCCAGGAGCAGAAACGGCAAUUAGACUCGGCAGCCUUAUACGGUAUCAUUAGAUGCGAUGCAGGCUUGGAUUUUGAGAAUGAGUUUGUGAAACAGAGGGAUGCUUAG